AUGAAGCUGAUUUUUCUAGUUUUCAUAUUCUCAAACAGAUUUUCUUGUCAAGGCAACAACACUCUAGAAAUCGAUCUGAUAAAUUAUGAAGAGAGAAAUGAGCGGACAUUGGCAAAAUUUCUAUUAGAUGACUAUUAUAAAAACGCACGACCUGUGAGAAACUCAUCGAGUAUUCUUAAUGUGACAGCGCUGAUACAGAUUUAUAAUUUGGUUGAAGUGAACGAGAAAAACGAGCAAAUCAAACUACUUUUAUGGUUUCCUCAAAGUUGGCGGGAUGAAUAUUUAACAUGGGAUCCGGAAGAAUGGAAUGGAAUUGAGAAGAUUAUAAUUCCAAAGGCCAUGAUUUGGGUCCCAGAUGGCAAUAUUUUUAAUACCGUAGCGGAAGCAGAAACUAUGGAGAAUCACAAUGCUCGAGUACGGUACGACGGAAAAGUUGAGGUGGAUUUUAAUAAGCUCGUCGACCUGACUUGCCCAAUGUCAGUUUCCUCAUUUCCAUUUGACAGUCAAUUAUGUGCUCUUCAAUUUGGCUCGUGGUCCUACCCGAAUAAUGUGCUCAGUUUUAAUGUCAUGGGUGCUUGGGUCCAUGAGAAAGAAAAAAACUCCGAAUGGGACAUUAUCGAUUUCAAUGCCACGAAACUAGUCAGAGGGUAUAAUGACACUCUAGGCGGAGCCAAUGUCUAUGAAGAGAUUUUCUAUUACUUGGAACUCAAACGAAAACCCCAUUACUACAUCGUAGUAAUCAUAAUUCCUACAUUUGCAAUAGUUACAGUAUCCAAUAUUGGUUUAUUCACCCCGCAUGGCGUUCAUGGUGAUCGCGAGGAGCAUGUAUCAUUGGGUCUCACCACAAUGCUCACUAUGGCUGUGAUAUUGGAUAUGGUCACCGGACAAAUGCCGAAGAGUAGUGAAGGAAUUCCGUUGUUAGGAAAAUAUGUGCUCAUCGAGUUUGCAAUAUCAAUAAUUGCGGUUUUGGUGUCAAUUCUAGUUAUUUUUGCGCAUGAAAGAAUGCUCUACCUCGAAAAACUCCGCCAAUCUGGAUUUUUCGAAUCUUCGAGAAGAGCUACUUUCAAAAAGUCCCAUUGGCCGAAAUGGAACAAGAUGAUCUACUUUCAAAGCCACGAGACUCAAAAGAAGAGCUGA